AAUAAGGGAGAGGAAGAAGGUAGAAGGCAGAAGAAGAAGGGAGAGGAAGAAGAAGAAGAAGAGCAGGCAGAAGAAGAAGGUAGAAGAAGAAGGCAGAAGAAGAAGGUAGAAGAAGAAGAGCAGGCAGAAGAAGAAGAGCAGGCAGAAGAAGAAGGUAGAAGAACAAAGUAGAAGAAGAAGAGCAGGCAGAAGAAGAAGGUAGAAUAA